CUCCUACGCCAAUAUUGAUUGUUCUACUGCUAUGGCCUGUCUGGUUUGAGAUAGCUGAAAUUGAUGGAUUGUUUUAUUCCCCUUUUUAGCUAUUGAUAUUUAAUAAGAGCCUAAAUGAAUAAUGAACCCCUACAAAAUUAGAAGGUUGUUUUUUUUCUCUCUAAAAAUGUAGAGACGAGAAAAAGGUGUUGAGUUGUAGACGUGGAGCAACCCGGCAGCUCCACACACGCGCAACCUCUGUCUGUCUCAAGGACUGCCAAUCCCUCGAUCCCCUCUUCCUCAGUCCUCACUACUAGUCUCACUAGUCGACGUCUCCUCCCAAGUCCAAACGGUGCCAUUGAGAUCGAACUCGAAGAGAGAUACUAGUAGUCGAUGAGUAUGGAGAUAUCCAUGGAGAAGAAUUUGGAGAAGCGGUCGCGCAAGAGGAGCAGGUACCUCUCCCCUCCCUACACCUUCCCCUUCACUACAGUCACUGUCCAAGACGACGUGUCCGUAUCCGAUUCCGAUCAGUCGGAGGACCUCACCAAUGUCGCCGUGGCGGACAUGCUGUCGGCGCUCCACGCCGCCGCGCUCUUGGACAUGGAUGCUGCCAAUGUCCACCUGCUCCGCCGCUUCUUUACCCUGCACAAGACCACCUCCCCUUCUUCCUCCUCAACCCGUAUCAACGCUCAAGCUGAAUUCAAUCCAAGCAGCAGCCGCCAAAAGGAGGAGGAGACUACUAGUAAAACCAAGAAGAAGAAGAAGAAAGAAGCAGCAGCAGCAGCUUCUACUCCAACAACAACAAUCAGGCUCCCACUCACGGAUGUUAGGAACAAUCUCCAGAAGAUGAUCUCCUCACUGCUGGGCCGCUCGCCUACAGCUACUGCUACCGCUAGCCAUGACCAUGGAGCAAAGCUUGCGCUUGCGGGAGAGAUGCGAGGCCUUUUGGCCAAAGUUGACAAGAUGCUCUCUGCCACUACCCCUGCCAAUCGCCACUAAGCUCCAUCUGCUUCCCCACUGUGGAGUACUCACUCCUCCUACCUUAGGAGUAUCUACUAAUUAAGGUAGCUAGCUGCUGCUAAUCUCCGCAUCAUCUCAUGUUAACCACUCCACUUGUUAAUGUAUGGCUCUAGAGUUGCAUGAAUGUAUGGAUCUAUGCUUAUAUGCACCUCCUCA